UUUUUCUUCUUCUUGUUAUGUGUGCCGAGGUCUCUCAACCCAGCAGUGUUGACAAUAGGGAGGAAAAAGAAACAGCCCCGAAUCACAAACCGAGCUAAAGGAGAGAACAAUCCUCGGUUUUUUUAGGGGGGAAGACACGUGGAUCAGUACCGGGAAUGUAAACGCGUUGACGUAAUCGUUUUAUAUCGCCGUGUUUUUUUGUCAUUGAUGGGAGUUUGAGGAUUAUUCCGCUUAAAAAAAAAAAAAGGUACUCGUGUGGUUUUUUUCCGGCUGCUUUCAGGCCACAUUUUCCUGCUUGUUUUUGCUGCUUGAAGGGGGGGGGGGAGAAGAAGAGAAAAAGAGAGGAAAACCCCGGUCUGUUUGCACCGAGCUGGAGGUUAACGGUUAGCCCCCCGGUAGAUUUCCCCCCCACAAAAACAAACACAAACCGCCGCCGUCUUCGUUGCAGAGGAUCAAAGGUAAAGUACCAGGUCGGCUCGGGGCUGUCAGUUAGCCUUUAGCACUGCCCCCCUCCUCUCCUCCUCCUCCCCCUUCCUUGUUGUUACACCUGGGAUGAUGGGUGAUCGCCCCAGUCCGCCCAGCAGGGCUAUGUCCUCGGCAGCCACCACGUCUCCAUCUGUGGACAAAGUGGACGGAUUUUCACGGAAGUCUGUCAGGAAGGCCAAGCAGAAGCGGUCGCAGAGCUCGUCCCAGUUCCGCUCUCAGGGCAAACCCAUCGAGCUCACGCCCUUGCCCCUGCUCAAGGACGUGCCGGCGCCGGAGCAGCCGGAGCUGUUCCUGAAGAAGCUGCAGCAGUGCUGUACUGUCUUUGACUUCAUGGACACGCUGUCGGACCUCAAGAUGAAGGAGUACAAGCGCUCCACGCUCAACGAGCUGGUGGACUACGUCACCGUCAGCCGGGGCUACCUGACGGAGCAGGCCUACCCCGAGGUCGUCAAAAUGGUGUCUCACAACAUAUUCCGGACUCUUCCGCCCAGCGACAGUAACGAGUUUGACCCCGAGGAAGACGAGCCCACACUCGAGGCCUCCUGGCCGCACUUACAGUUGGUAUACGAGUUCUUCAUCCGGUUCUUGGAGAGUCAGGAAUUCCAGCCCAGCAUUGCCAAAAAGUACAUAGACCAGAAGUUUGUCCUACAGCUCUUGGAGUUGUUUGACAGCGAGGAUCCUCGGGAGAGAGACUACCUGAAGACAGUCUUGCAUAGAAUCUACGGCAAAUUCCUGGGUCUGAGGGCUUUUAUACGAAAACAGAUCAAUAAUAUUUUUCUACGUUUUGUUUAUGAGACGGAGCACUUCAACGGGGUGGCUGAGUUGCUGGAGAUCCUGGGGAGUAUAAUCAAUGGUUUCGCUCUGCCGCUGAAAGCGGAGCAUAAACAGUUUCUGGUCAAAGUGUUGAUCCCCCUCCACACGGUCAGGAGUCUGUCCCUCUUCCACGCACAGUUGGCGUAUUGCAUUGUACAGUUCCUAGAGAAAGACCCAACAUUAACAGAACCAGUCAUCAGAGGCUUACUGAAGUUCUGGCCAAAAACCUGCAGUCAAAAAGAGGUGAUGUUUCUCGGAGAGCUGGAGGAGAUCCUGGACGUCAUCGAACCCACGCAGUUCGUGAAGAUCCAGGAGCCGCUCUUCAAACAGAUCUCCAGAUGCGUCUCCAGCCCACAUUUCCAGGUGGCGGAGCGAGCGCUGUACUACUGGAACAACGAGUACAUCAUGAGUCUGAUCGAGGAGAACUCCAGCGUCAUCCUGCCCAUCAUGUUCGCCAGCCUGUACAGGAUCUCCAAAGAGCACUGGAACCCGGCCAUCGUGGCGCUGGUCUACAACGUCCUGAAGGCCUUCAUGGAGAUGAACAGUACCUUAUUCGACGAGCUCACGGCCACGUACAAGUCGGACCGCCAGCGCGAGAAGAAGAAAGAGAAGGAGCGGGAGGAGCUCUGGAAGAAGCUGGAGGACUUGGAGCUGAAGCGGGGCCUUAGGAGCGACGGCAUCAUCCCAACUUAACGAAGACCGCUUCGCGCCCCCCCGCCCCCCCUGCUGUGACUCCCCCUGCCCUCCAUCCUAACCCCCACCUCCCCCUCCACAUCAGCCAUGUCUGCCCAGAGCUCUGAGAAGCCCCGCCCCCCAACCCUCCUCCCGGGCGCCGUCUUCAGACCUCCACGCAGCGCCCGCUGGUUUCUUCAGUUUUUUUUUUUCCUUUCUGUUUUAUUAUUUUAUUUUUUUCUCCUCCUGUGUUUGUGCGACUUUCUUUACAGUAGAUUCUCAUCACGUCUGUUCUCGUUAUUUCAACGGCACUGUAAAUAAUUAUUCUUUUCUUUUCUUUUUUUUUUUUUUUUUCCCUUAAACUGAUAUUAUUGCUAAACGGAUAAAACAAAAACAAUAAUAAUAAUAAAAAAAGGAAGAAAAAAAUAGAAAAUGAGAAAAUGACUUGUGUGGGAGGGGAGGGGAGGGAGGGGGGUUAAAAAAAAAACAACAACAACAAAAAACAACGUUUGGACUGUAGGACGUGAGACGAACUCUUGGAAAACAAAAAAAAAAAGAAGAUAGAUUGAUUUUAACUCUUCAUCCUCCUCUUCCUCAGCUCAGUCCCGUGAGUCAUCUUUAUUUUCCCGGCUCUCCUCUUUGCUCCGCCUCUCGUUGCCUCCAUCUUUCUGUCUCCUCCUUCCUCUCUAACGGUGCAUCUGUCAUUUCUGUUAAUGGUCCCGCCCCCUUAAGGUUCCUCUUUGGCCCCGCCCACCUGUCUCCAGGUUCUCCAAAAAAUAUAUAAAAACAACAGGAAGUGGUUCAAUACACAAACGUCUCCUGAGUGCGUUUACAUGCGUGUUCAUGGGAGAGUCACUGAUAUGCUUAUUUUUAUUCUUCAAUCUGGGAUCUACUUUUAUUUUCACAAACUACAUAAAUAAUUUUGAUCUUUGCAUAAAAAAAAAAAAAACACCACAUGAAUUAUUAAAAAUAGUCGUGUUAUUUGUUCACUUUUUUUAUUUUAUUUUUUAUUUUUUUACCACCAACUCAUCUCGUUUCCUGUGGCUGUUUCACAAUAAAAGCCUCUGCGUGUGUUUCACAAUUUUAAUGUGAACCGGCAGUUUAAGUUUCACGGCUCUGAUGCAGGCGAGUGAAAUCAAUCAAUCAAUCAAUCAAUCGAUCGAUCAAUGAGGGGGAGAUGAAAAUUACCAAAGUUGAAGGAUAUGCACUCAUCGAAUGGCAAACAACGAAAACUACUAUCGAGGUAUUUUCAGAAUGUAAAUAAACUGAUGGAUUGUUGCAUAAAUAUUGACUAUAAAAAAACACAAUUGGGGUUUGAGAUUCCUCCGCCUGUGUGCAGUUCAUUUCUUUCUCUUACUUUGGCGCCACCUGGUGGUCGACCGUGACAUUAAAUACGCCACAAUGAUUGUAUAAAUAUGAAUUAACGAGCUCGCGGCGCAAAUGACAAAUUAAUUAAAUUGGAUGCACAGAUAUUUAAUUUUUUUUAACUUUUUUUUUUACACAAAUCACUUUGUUUCGUGGAUGAUUUCACGUCCCGGUGGUUUUAGAUCCUUAAUUAAUUAAUCUGUUCUUUAACUUCCUGGUGUUCAUGUAAACGCACUCCAAAACAAAAGCUGGACCACUUCUCAUCCAGUUAUGUUGUCUGACCCCCCCCAUCCCUCCUUACCUGGUUCCCCAGGUAUCAGUCUGGCACUGGUACCCUCCGGGCCAUAACGGGGACUUUCAAAAUAAAACACACACAACAAACAAACAAAACAAAAAAAAAGUAUUUUAGAGGAGCGCCAAAAAAAAUUAAAUAAAUUCCUGUUGUGAAAAGACGAGCUCACCUGCCUCACCUCACUCCUCCUCCUCCUCCUCCUCCUCCUCCU